UUAAUUUUACACUCGGUCCACUCACUCAUUCUCUUGAGGAAACCUCUACAGAGCACAAGUGGGUUCUCAUAUCCCCUUCGUCCAGCCUGCUGUCCCCGACCCAACCCCCCACCGGAGUCUGUUGCAAGUCUGCUCCGGCCCCUCCCCGUGUGGUGCCCCCGACCACGUGACACCCCUUCGCUCAGCUUGUAAGCCGUGUGGCCUGGAUGCUUCCAAGCUGCCGUGCGUCCCCUGGUUCUGGGCCUUCCCUGUUGGGUCCUACCUCUGUGGCAGCCUCUUGUGAUGGGACAGUGCCGGACACCUGCCCUGAGACCCCCUCCCCCGGCUGAUGUCUGGACGCAGGAGCAGCAGGCUUGGACUGGCGGUAGCCCCUGUAGGCUGUUUCCCUGUCGGGUCGGGACGAGGGGUCCAUGAGCAGGGCUGUGAGCGCUUCCUGUGUGCCCCGAGCUUGAGGCCAGCCACCUCGGGCAGGUCCUCUCACGGAAUCCUCACAGCCUUCGAGCUCGGGGUGCUGAUCAGAGGGUGCUGGGCAGAGAGAGCCCAGGCCACCGCCCAGGGUGAGGCCGCCGGGAGCCAGCGGACGGGGACGGGGGGCCUGGACUGUCCGUAGGCUGCAGCCAGAGUCUGUCGCGCUGCCUCACGGGCGCACUGACCCCGGCCCACCGCCUGCAGGUGCGAGAGCUGUCCAGGCUCGGCCUGGGGCCUUAGUUACAGGGUGUUCAGAAAGAGAAGCCGUCCAAAAAUGAAUAAGAAAGAGACAUCCCAAUUCUGAGGCGGGAAAGAGUCUUCAGCUGGUGUGUUGGAAAUCACCCACCAGGGACAGGGUCCCGGCCUCCCGCUGUCAAGCCCGCCUCUCACGUCUCAGUGCCCUCCAGAAUGACCCCGCAGAGUCCACCGCAAAUGCCACGUCUGAGCCGGAUGACAGCAGACCCACGUAAAAACACAGCAACUGCCUGUGGGCAAAACCCAUGUUCCCUGGUCACACUGGCAGCACAGCUUAGGUGCAAAGCCCCAAAAUACAGCUGGAUGGGGACAAGCCCGCAGCCGGGACAGUGUGGUGUUAGCAGGGGCGGGAGGGGAGGACGCCCCAGGUAGCCCUCAGGGGUUCACUGGAGGACUUCGGGCUGGUCACACUGCGGCCAGCAACUGAAGCUGGAGGGGUUCUGUGCAGACCAGGAGCAGGGAGCGCGGGGCUGCUGGGGCCCAUGGCUUCCUUUACCCAGCAGACAUGUCUGGCGUCCCUGCUAAGUCCCGGGCCUUGUUCUAGAUGCCGGGGAAACGGCCGUGAAGGAAGGAAGAGUCCUAAGGGAUGGUGGACAUCCUCAUCAUGGAUGACGACGACGUCCCCAGCUGGCCCCCAACCAAGCUGUCCCCGCCCCAGUCGGCGCCCCCGGCUGGUCCCCCGCCCCGGCCGCGGCCGCCCGCCCCCUACAUCUGCAACGAAUGCGGCAAGAGCUUCAGCCACUGGUCCAAGCUGACGCGGCACCAGCGCACGCACACGGGCGAGCGGCCCAACGCCUGCAGCGACUGCGGCAAGACCUUCUCGCAGAGCUCGCACCUGGUGCAGCACCGGCGCAUCCACACGGGCGAGAAGCCCUACGCCUGCUCCGAGUGCGGCAAGCGCUUCAGCUGGAGCUCCAACCUCAUGCAGCACCAGCGCAUCCACACAGGCGAGAAGCCCUACGCCUGCCCCGACUGCGGCCGCAGCUUCACGCAGAGCAAGAGCCUGGCUAAGCACCGGCGCUCGCACAGCGGCCUCAAGCCCUUCGUGUGCCCGCGCUGCGGCCGCGGCUUCAGCCAGCCCAAGAGCCUGGCGCGCCACCUGCGGCUGCACCCGGAGCUGUCGGGGCCUGGCGUGGCGGCUAAGGUGCUGGCGGCCAGCGUGCGUCGGGCCAAGGCACCCGAGGAGGCGGCGGCGGCGGACGGCGAGAUCGCCAUACCGGUGGGCGACGGCGAGGGGAUCAUCGUGGUGGGCGCGCCGGGCGAGGGGGCCGCGGCGGCUGCAGCCAUGGCGGGCACGGGGACCAAGGCGCCGGGACCCCGCUCGCGGCGCGCCCCGGCCCCCAAGCCGUACGUGUGCGUGGAGUGCGGGAAGGGCUUCGGGCACGGGGCCGGGCUCCUGGCCCACCAGCGUGCCCAGCACGGGGACGGGCUCGGGGCGGCGGGGGGCGAGGAGCCCGCGCACAUCUGCGUGGAGUGCGGCGAGGGCUUCGUGCAGGGCGCGGCGCUGCGGAGACACAAGAAGGUCCACGCCGUGGGCGCGCCCUCCGUCUGCAGCCGCUGCGGACAGAGCUACUACCGGGCAGGCGGGGAGGACGACGAUGACGACGACGACGAGGCGGCGGGCGGGCGGUGCAGCGAGUGCCGUGGCGGGGAGGGCCGGUAGGGGCGGGGGCCCGGGGGGGCAGGGCCCCUCGGGCUUGGCGGGGACGACGGCGCAGGACCCAGAGACCCGGGGAGAGACGGAGAGAGGGCUGCCCCGGACCGGCGGCGCGCUCUACCGCCUCCCCUCCCGCGGCCUGUGCGGCCCGAGAGGUGCGGCGGGCCUGGGGCGGGACGCUGGGGACGCUCACCGGGCCGCCCGGCCCCUCCCCGCGCCCGGCCCUCGGCCUGGCCUGACCCUUGUAGGUUCUCGGCCGAGCCCGAAUCAAGACGUUGUGUGAGAACUAGAGAGACCAAGAUACGACAAAACCCACGAGCGAAAGACCAUUUUCCCUCUUUCUCUUCCCCCACCAGCGGGGGGUGUCGAGAAGAUGGCGGACAUCGGGGCCUUUCCACGCGGAGGGGCCCCGGAGAGGGACGGGAAAGAGGGGUCCUCUCCCCUUUUAGAGUUUUCUUUAUAAUCGCAUCCCCUUCCCGACCCCGCCUACCUGUUAUUUUCUCUCUUCUCCUUCGCGGGUCCCAUCCUUUUCCUCGCCCUGGUCCCUCCUCCUCCGCCUGGAUCUGGGGUAGCAGAGAAGUGCUGGAGCGGAAGUAGCCCCUGUGCCAGGCGCACCCCGCAGAAAAUGGGCUCCCGUCUCAUCCCAGGCCUGGGCACGGUUGGAGGAGGGGUGCGGGGGGGCAAUAAAUCGCACUAUCCAAUUGUC